GCACUUUUCAUUGAUACCUCUGUCCUUUAACUCUUUGGGAUUUGACAAGCUCCAGACUCUGGCUGUGGAUUCUGCUUGCUUUGCAAAUGGUAUCUCUUCACAGGAGCUGGGUUUCCAGCACUCACUAAGACAGACCUCGGAGUAACUGGGGACUUGGCCUGCCUUGCCUACCGAGCUUGGGACAGAUCGGAUGGAGAUGAGUUGAUUACAUUCUGUGAAGUAAUAGCUCACCACCAGCCAGGGUUGAAACUACUUUUGCAGCAUCACUUCACCUGUGGACUCUUCUGAAUUUUGCCUUCUUGGGGAAAAAAACUGGGGUAAGAGAAGGUCGUUUUUAACAAGUUAGCUUCCUUCUCCCUGUUUGGCAAGUUGAUGCAAAGGAUAAGGCUGUGACUCCACUGGAUUGCACCUUCAAAUCAAAAUAGGAGAAGAGCAAGAAGAAAGGGACAAUGGCUUUGAGUGGAAACUGUAGUCGUUAUUAUCCUCGAGAACAGGGGGCUGCAGUUCCCAACUCCUUCCCUGAGGUCAUGGAGCUGAAUGUCGGGGGUCAAGUUUAUUUCACCCGCCAUUCCACAUUAAUAAGCAUCCCUCAUUCCCUCCUGUGGAAAAUGUUUUCCCCAAAGAGAGACACGGCUAACGAUCUAGCCAAGGACUCCAAAGGAAGGUUUUUCAUCGACAGAGAUGGAUUCUUGUUCCGUUAUAUUCUGGACUAUCUCAGGGACAGGCAGGUGGUCCUGCCUGAUCACUUUCCAGAAAGAGGAAGACUGAAAAGGGAAGCUGAGUACUUCCAGCUCCCAGACUUGGUCAAACUCCUGACCCCUGAUGACAUCAAGCAAAGCCCAGAUGAAUUUUGCCACAGUGACUUCGAAGAUGCCUCCCAAGGAAGCGACACGAGAAUCUGCCCUCCUUCCUCAGUGCUCCCUGUGGACCGCAAAUGGGGCUUCAUUACUGUGGGCUACAGGGGGUCCUGCACCAUGGGCAGAGAGGGGCAGGCAGAUGCCAAGUUUCGGAGAGUUCCCCGGAUUUUGGUUUGUGGAAGGAUUUCCUUGGCAAAAGAGGUCUUUGGAGAAACUUUGAAUGAGAGCAGAGACCCUGACCGAGCCCCAGAAAGAUACACCUCCAGAUUUUAUCUCAAAUUCAAGCAUCUGGAAAGGGCUUUUGAUAUGUUAUCAGAGUGUGGAUUCCACAUGGUGGCCUGUAACUCCUCAGUGACAGCAUCUUUUGUCAACCAGUAUACAGAUGACAAGAUCUGGUCAAGCUACACUGAAUAUGUCUUCUACCGUGAGCCUUCGAGGUGGUCACCCUCCCACUGCGACUGCUGCUGCAAGAACGCCACAGGUGACAAAGAAGGGGAGAGCGGCACAUCUUGCAACGACCUCUCCACCUCCAGCUGUGACAGUCAGUCUGAGGCCAGCUCUCCCCAGGAGACGGUCAUCUGUGGGCCCGUGACACGCCAGACCAACAUCCAGACUCUGGACCGUCCCAUCAAGAAGGGACCCGUGCAGCUGAUCCAACAGUCCGAGAUGCGGCGGAAAAGCGAUCUGCUCCGGACUCUGACUUCAGGCUCCAGGGAGUCGAACAUGAGCAGCAAAAAAAAAGCUGUUAAGGAAAAGCUCUCAAUUGAGGAAGAGCUGGAGAAAUGCAUCCAGGAUUUCCUAAAGAUCAAAAUCCCAGAUAGGUUCCCUGAGAGAAAACAUCCUUGGCAAUCUGAACUUUUACGGAAGUAUCAUCUAUAGGGGAGGGCCAGGGGUGGGAGAAGAAACAAAUCGUGUCACCAUUUGGAAAUAAACCUCCUAACAAAAUUCGUAUUCGAAAAGGAAAGUAACAACUAACAAUAUGUUUGUUAGAACACAGUAGCCCAUUGAUGUACUACUGCCUAUUGACCUAGUUCACCUUAACAUUUAAAUCCACAGGGUAGAUUUCUUUCCAGAUGUGGAAUGAUAAGAAAAUCUCUUUUUGGUUCCUUGUUUGUUUGUGUGUUUACUGGAUACCAUGUGCUGAGUAUCUUAUGUAAAAUGAGAGCCGGCUACCAAAGAGUAGCUGAGAGGCUUUGGGAGUCCUUUAUCCCAAACUGGGUUUUUCUCUCAUCUUCUACCUCCCUCCUUUGAAUGAGAAUGUGGUAGAAAGAGAUCUGGCCCAAUGGCAUAUGUUUGGGUUUUUAAAUUUUCCUUUUCCCUUUUGUUUAUGGGGUAAGGGGGGAAAUGGCAGAUUUAUAUGACUUUUCACUCAAAUCUAUUACGUGCCAGUUUAUAUUGAUGCCGUAUGCAUGAGUAUUUGUGCAACACAAGCACAACGAUGUCUGUACAUACACACAGCACACAUGUCCCCAGGGCCUGGAUAUACUAAGGGGAACACCCCUGCUCCCAGCAGCACUCUCUUUGACUACUUUAGACACAGAUGAGCCUCUGCUCCUUUCUUAAAACCCUUCUGGGAAGAUUUCCCAGCCUCUCUUGGCAACACUUUCCAACAUCGAGUAACCCUGGUCGUCAACAAAUUGUCUUCCUUAUUUUGAAAUUAACACCCUCAGGCUCCAUUUUACAGUUUUGCUCUUUCUCUGCACUAGGAGAGGGUGAGAAGAGCUUAGUAAAACAUUCUUUGUAUUAAAGAAACAAACAUUCGUAUCCACAAAAAUUAUGACUCAGUGACCCCACACUCAGCCUUCUCUACCCUGAGCUGAGUUACCUUCCGUGUCUCAAUGUUUUCAGAGUACUUACUGCCCAUGUUUUAAUGGUGUGGCCUUUUCAUGUGACCCACAUUCAGUUCUCUGCAUUCCUGUGUAGUUGUGGAAGUAAGAACAACACACAGUACUUGCUUGGAUAAGGGUCCGGCCUUUUGUUUCCUUAAAAGGGAAUUGUAUUCCACACACCGCCUAAUAAUUUCUCAUGACUUUUUUUU